AUGGGUCGUCCCGGGAUUCAGAUGUGGACAUGGAAACUGUGUGUCUUCUUGGGCUGGAUGUCCGUGGGCCAAGCGGUGUCAGGACCGCAGUACAUGGUAGCCAUUCCUGCAGUCCUUGAAUCUGGAGCUGAGACCAAAUUCUGUGUGAGUCUCCUGCAGCCCAAAGAGACUCUGGAAAUGAGAGUCACUCUGAUGUCCCAAGAGGAGAAUACAACCCUUCUGAAGGAGAUGUGCAGUGAAGAAUUUCAUACCUGCAUUAAAUUUAAGGUUCCUUUAGUGCAGGAUGAAGUGGUGCAGAACUUGGAGGUGGUGGUACGAGGCAACGCAUUCUACUCUAGAGAAGUCCGAAAAGUUAAGAUCAAAGUCUAUAAACCAAUGACAUUCAUCCAAACAGAUAAACCAAUCUACCUCCCAGGACAAACAGUGCAAUUCAGAGUCAUCACAUUGGAUACCAAGUUUAUACCUGUCAAUCAGCUGUAUGAUAUAAUCGAAAUUGAGGAUUCUACCAGCAACAGGAUUGGACAGUGGCUGAAUGAAACUUCCAAUAGUAAGAUAUUGCAGCUUUCUUACGCCUUGAACUCUGAGGCCCGUGAAGGAGCCUACCAAGUUACUGUGUCGAUUGGGUUAGAUAAAAUACAACACAGCUUCAAGGUGGAAAAAUACGUUUUACCUAAAUUUGACGUCAAAUUAAAUGCGGCUAAUGAAGUAAGUUUUAAUCAGGAAGAAAUCAAGGCUGAAGUAUGUGCAACGUAUACAUACGGCCAGCCUGUGCCAGGUAGUGUUGACAUCAAGGUGUGCCGACCUUUUAGUGCCUAUGUUGGUAUACCCCUUAUAUACACCCCUGAACAUCCAGAGGGAAUCCCUGAAAUACAGAUGCCUUGUUAUGAGGAGACAAAGCAGACGGACAAGAGAGGCUGUGCCACUUUUAUCUUCACAAUGUCAACUUUCACAAAAAUUGCGCAAAAGGCACUACGAGAUGUACUGCAACUCACUGCAAAUAUGGAAGAGGAGGGCACAGGUAUUUCACGCUCACAAGAGAAGACCACAGUGAUUUCAUAUGUUGUUGGAAAGUUGUCUUUCACUGACACUCCCAAGAUUUAUAACAAGGGUUCAGAUGUGGAAGGAAAAGUUAAAGCUGUUUAUUACAAUAAUACACCCAUUCCUGACAUGCCGGUGUUCCUGCUUGAGGGGGAAAGGUGGUCAUCGCGUUUGUUACAGAAUCUCACAACCGACAAUGAUGGUGUCGCCACUUUCUCAUUACGCACAGCUGACUUUAAAGGGGACAUCCAAUUACAAGUUAGUGCCACACCGACACUGGGCUACCCUCCUUACAGAACGCCAUACUUUGAGUCUAACAAUCACAAAAUGUCUUUGGCCACACUUUCUUCUCCUGAUACUAAAACAGUCAGCUCCCUGGACGUAAAGAAGAAGGAUGAACCACUUUCCUGUGACAAAGAAGAAGACAUCUUCAUCCAAUACACCGUAGUUGGAGAGGCCCAGGGCAUUGUGGAUGUGAUCUGUCUGGUCUUAUCAAGAGGAGCUAUUGUUAUACAGGGAGUUAAACGGGUUGAAGUUAAAGACAAAUCAGUGAAUGAGGGCGAGGUGUCCUUUAAGCUGACAGUGUCUCCAGACAUGGCACCAGACGUCCAGGUUGUGGUUUACGCCAUCCUCCCCAGUGAGACUGUGAUCGCCAACAGCGCUGACUUCUCUACUGAGCAAUGCUUUAGUCACAAGGUGUCGCUGGACUUUUCUCCGUCCUCGGCUGUCCCAGGAGAGGAGACCAUCAUGCAGGUUACCGCCCAGCCAAAAUCUCUGUGUGGUGUGAGCGCUGUUGACCAGAGCGUCCUCAUCAAGGAGCCAGGGAAGACUCUGGAUGCAAACAAGAUAUUUCAAUUGUUGCCGGUCAAGAAAAUGUCCUAUAUUCCAUAUGACGUUCAAGAUGGUGCACGAUGUUUGCAUGUGAGACCAAGAAGAUAUGUCUUGCCAUACCCCAUUGUUGGUGCGACAGCUGAUGCUUAUACAGUUUUCCAGAAUGUAGGGAUGAAGAUGGCAACGAACAUGAUUAUCCGACAGCCUUCAUGUCUCAGAUACAGAGGAAGAGACUACAUACAGGGCCGUGGUGUUAAUGGUUUUUAUGGUGGUUAUGGUGGUUAUGGUGUUGGUUUAAGCUAUAAUUCAGUUCCUACCAUGGCCAGAGGCCAGGCUGGACUUCCUGGGAUUCCUGAUUUGUCAUCUCCUAAUAAACCACCAAAAGAGACAGUCCGCACUUUCUUCCCUGAGACCUGGAUAUGGGACCUGGUGGACGUUGGAGAGUCUGGAACGAAGGAUGUGGCCCUCAGUGUCCCGGACACCAUCACCACCUGGGAGACGGAGGCUUUCUGUCUGUCCCCUCAAGGUUUCGGCUUGGCUCCACGUAAAAACAUCACUGUCUUUCAGCCCUUCUUCCUGGAGCUCAGCCUGCCCUACUCCAUCAUCCGGGGGGAGCACUUUGAACUGAAGGCAACCAUCUUCAACUACCUGACCAGUUGCAUCAUGGUCUCUGUGACUCCAACCCCCUCCUUAGAUUACACCCUCACCCCCCUCUCUGGUGACCAGUACACAUCUUGUCUGUGCGGCAAUGAGCGCAAGACCCUCAGCUGGACCAUGGCCCCCUCAGCCUUAGGAGUUGUAAAUGUGUCAGUGAGUGCUGAGGCUGUGACAUCCCAAAUUUCAUGUGACAAUGAGGUUGUGCGCGUGCCUGAAAGGGGACGAAUUGACGUGGUUACACGACCUCUCAUAGUAAAGGCUGAGGGAACUGAGAUGACAAAGACCUACAACUGGCUGCUCUGCCCAAAAGGGGAAGCUUUGACAGAGGAAAUGGACAUACAACUCCCUGAGGACACGAUUGAUGGAUCUGCCCGUGCUUCAGCAUCAGUCCUUGGUGACAUUCUGGGCCGGGCUCUGAAGAACCUGGAUGGGCUGCUGCAGAUGCCGUAUGGAUGUGGUGAGCAGAACAUGGCACUCCUCGCCCCAAACAUCUACAUCCUCGAGUACCUGAGAAACACACAGCAGCUGACCCCAGCCAUCAAGGAAAAGGCUACCAACUUCCUGACCAGUGGCUACCAGAGACAGCUGAACUAUAAACAUGAGGACGGUGCUUACAGCACAUUUGGUGCAGGACCAGGGAACACUUGGCUGACUGCAUUUGUGUUGAGAUCUUUUGCCAAAGCACAGUCUUUCAUCUACAUUGACCCAGCAAACAUUGAAGCGUCCAUGACUUGGCUGGAAAGUAAACAACGAAAAAAUGGCUGUUUUGAACAAUCAGGAAAGCUCUUCAACAACAGAAUGAAGGGUGGUGUGUCUGAUAAAGUUGCUCUCAGUGCCUACAUCACUGCUGCCUUCUUGGAGAUGAAUAUCCCCAGAGAUGAUCCUGCGCUUCAUGGACCUGUGAAUUCUAGCUUGUCUUGCCUAAAGGAGUCCAUCAGUGACCUCAGCAACACCUACACCACAGCUCUGCUGGCGUACGUCUUCACCCUGGCAGGAGACAUGGAGACCCGUGCUCACCUACUGAAGCACCUAGACACUGCUGCAUCACAAGAAGGAGGUUUCCUCCACUGGUCUCAGACAGAAACAGAAACGUCAGCCUCUCUGUCUGUGGAGAUCAGCUCCUAUGUGCUGCUGGCUAAACUCAGUGCCUCUCCAACUGCUGAAGACCUGGGCUACGCCAGCCGCAUCGUUAGAUGGCUGACUAGCCAGCAGAACUAUUACGGAGGAUUCUCCUCCACACAGGACACCGUGGUGGCUCUUCAGGCUCUGGCUCUCUACUCCACUCUGGUGUUCAGUCCAGUGGGUUCAACCAUAGUGACGGUCCAGUCUCCCAGUGGCCAGCUGACGUUUGAUGUGAAUCAGAACAACAAACUGCUCUACCAGGAGAAGAAGCUGCAGGGCGUGACAGGAAAGUACAGCCUGGAGGUGAAGGGGACUGCAUGUGCUGCAAUACAGAUUUCUCUUGUCUAUAACAUCCCAACUCCUGCUGAUGUUACGACUCUCAGUGUUGAGGUUAAACCAGAGGCCGACUGCACCAGCAAAAGACCCAAACUCAUUCUGAAACUAACAUCCCUAUACAGUGGAAAGGAGCCCAGUACUAACAUGGUUAUCUUGGAUAUCAGAAUGCUUUCUGGAUUUGUCCCAGACCCAGAGUCUUUGAACAUGCUCAAAGGUGCCCUGCUGGUGGAUCGUGUUGAACAAAAGGAGGAUCACGUUCUGGUGUACAUACGGGAGUUAACGAAGGACAUAGGCAUCAACCACAGCCUAACGCUCAUACAGGACCACCAAGUACAGAACCUGAAGCCAGCUGUGGUCAAGAUAUACGACUACUACCAGCCAAGUGACCAGUCUGAUAGAGAAUACAUCUACCCUUGUGUUGCAGCUUGAAGAGCGUGUGGUCAGUCCUCGAGUCAUCCAGAUGAUACAUAUUAUGUACUUAACACCAUGUCUGUUGGUAUUUCCUUGUUAGUAUUCUGCCACAACCACUUACAGCUGUGUAACUACUGAGUCUGAAGUGAAAUACAUGCGUAAUGGAUAAUUAAAUAA